UUUCCGUCCCGACGCUCCGCCGCCACGCCUACGGCGUCGCGUUACAAGACGACGCUCGCGGUUCGCGUCGCGUCGCUAAGUCCGUCGGUUCAUUCAGUCGCUGGUUCGAUUCCGCAGGAAAAGGAUAGACAAACAGACGUACAAGUUGCGUGACACUCCUCUGCGCCGUCUACCCGAUCGCGUUCAAGUUCGCAUUUUUUAAAAUUGGAUAUUUAUGUGCCUAUGUGACCGGUGAUUUAUUUUCAUAAAUCUGAGAUUUCAGAAAGACGACUACUAAGGCAAAAUUGCAUUACAGCUGUUGAUAAAUGGCAUCUGCGACAUCAAAAAAAUGGACAGAUUUUUUAUCAUGUCGCCAAGUCCUCAAUAUAAUGGUCAUAUUGGGCUUCAUGUUCAACUACAUGUUGCGAGUAAAUCUGACAAUAGCUAUCGUAGACAUGAUAGAAUCCCCAUUCAGGAACUCAUCAGGUAGCAACAUUUCAUCCGGAACAACAAAUUCUACAGUGGCAACAGGCAGUGACACUAGAUUCCAAUGGUCAGAAUCUCAAAAGAACGAUAUUCUCGGUAGCUUUUUUUGGGGUUACGUUCUAACGGAGCUUCCUGGUGGGAGAAUGGCCGAAAUCGUGGGAGCCAGAAGGAUAUUUGGUGGAGGAAUGUUGGCUGCAAGUUUACUCACUAUCCUCACUCCGGCUGCUUGCUAUACUAAUUUUUAUACAGUUGUGAUUCUUCGCGCCUUGCUGGGCUUCUUCCUGGGUGCCACCUGGCCGGCGAUCCCACCGAUGGCGGCAAAAUGGGUCCCGCCAAUGGAACGGUCCAAAUUCAUAGCGAACAUGAUGGCCAGCAGUUUGGGAGCGGCUCUCACCUUGCCGGUUUGCGGGUACCUUAUAAGCACCUUGGGCUGGGCAAGCGUCUUCUACUUUACAGGCAUGAUAGGCCUAGCGUGGUCCGUGCUCUGGUUUUUCCUGGUGUUCGAUUCUCCUGCCCAGCAUCCCAGGAUAUCAGAAGAGGAGCGUAUGGAGAUAGAAAAGGCAAUUUCCGAAGGGGAAGGAGGAAAAAGUCAGAAGCCUAGCAGUGUCCCAUGGUUGACCAUCUUCACUAGCCUUCCGGUAUGGGCAAUUAUAGUCACCCAUGGGAUGUCAGUGUUUGGGUACUUCACUGUGGUCAACCAACUGCCUACGUAUAUGCACGAUGUGUUGGAGUUUAAUAUCAAAAAGAAUGGGUUGUUGUCCAGUCUUCCUUAUCUAGGUAAAUACGCCAUGGCGAUCUUUUCCAGCUGGUUGGCAGAUAGACUUCGCCGUUCAGGCCGCUUAUCCACCACAGCGACCAGAAAAGUCUUUACAGCAUUCGCCCUUGUAGUCCCAGGAGCCUUGAUGGCUCUGCAAGCUCUCAAAGGCAACGACGCUGCCCUGUCAGUCACUGUCUUCACGGCGUCUCUGUUCUUUAAUGGAGCUGUCACCGCUGGGUAUCUUUCGAAUGGGUUGGACAUCGCCCCUAACUUUUCAGAUUCCAUUUUUCUUCACUGCUCUUUGCUGGAGAUGCGCAUAUCUGUAUUCUUGUUCUCCACACAGUGUCCUGAAACACCUCUGAUAAAACCCUCAGCUACGGACGGUUCAGAUGAGCAUGUUUGCCUUAUGUCUAUCUAACCAUGACCAACCGGAUACAACCCUGGUUCGUAUUAAUUAGCAACUCAUCAGUACAGUAUAGAUCUAGUAGACCUAGAGACAGACGGACUCAAAAUAGUCUUUACCAAGGUACUUUUUAUCGCCCCAAUCGCAAACAUGACAGAACACAGAACAUCACUGGCCUUCGUUCGACCUUCUGCCACCAAAACGGUUGACCCAUUUAGCAGCUUUCUGUGCAUAAUUGCGUAAAUAAACAUCCAUCUACAGGUCUUUUAAGUCGUAAUCCGCAUGGAGAAAUACAUGUAUGACUAUUUUUGUAUUGUAUUCAGGUACAAUUUUCGGGAUGGCUAAUACCCUGUCAUCCUUCGGAGGCUGGUUAUCCACCAAAAUUGUGGCAGUCCUCACAGAGGGAAACAAGACAUUCGACUCCUGGAAAUAUGUCUUCUGGAUCCUAUGUGGCACUUACGUCUUUGGAGCUAUAUUCUACUCUAUCUUUGGCACGGGAAAACUGCAAAAGUUCAACUCUGUUCAAGGGACAGUGGAAGACGGGAAAGAAAUGCAACCUCUCAAGUCAGACGCAGAGCAGAAGAAAGAAAAAGAAAUUAUUGCGUGAUAACAAGAAUAUCAUAGAAACAGUGAAAGGGACGAUACAAGGAACUAAGCUACGAAGAGGUCCCAGGACAAAGUGGUAUUUGAAGCUUGAGGCCUUACUUCAAAGUGUUUCUAUCAUAAUCCUCAAAAAAGGCACCACAUUCCUCUGCGUUACACAGUUACUCCCCAAAGGCUCCGGCUCUAAACAAAGCUGGAUAUGGUGUUCCUAAAACAUAAGGCAAACAUUCAAGGGGUGAUUCUUUGGAUUAUUCUAAGACUAUUUUUGACGAUUUUCGAAAUACCACUUUGUUUCUGAGAUAUAGACUCUUAAUGACCACCACUGGAGAAACCGGUUUUUAUUACCUUUUGGGCAAUAUCCAGUAAACCAAUGAAUUUGACAGGUUAGUAACCAGUUCAGGUCUCACAUGAUGAUGUUCAUGGAAAAUAGUUAACACAUAUAGUUUGCUAGGGAGUGACUAGCUCUAAUUCAGUAUUGCUAUUUUUUACACCCUGUGUAAUAAUGAUUCAAAAGUAAUAUUUUUAGAAAGCUGGAUCCUUCAUCUAAAAAAAAAAAUGUAUCAACGUCUGAUUUCGAUAAAAUGAAGCGACUUCGAGAAAAUUAAGAAUUGAGCCAAUCACCAAAAAAUUAGACAAAAGCCCAGAACUUGAUACGGAGAUCUAAACACUAAUAUCUGGGAAUUUUUCGGAUUCGCUGAUCUCGAGUGUUUUAUCACAAUUAUUGUAUUUUUAAAAUAGCGAAGGUUGUUUAAGAAAAACCGAUUUUCAGCGGUGUUCUGGAGGCCUAUAUCUCCGAAACAAAAAGGUAUGUCAUAAACCGAUCAGCUUUAUAUUUCCUAGAUCCAUUUUAAAAAUUCACAAAAAUACAAUAUUUUUGAGAUCCAGAAACAUAAGCAAUUUUCUAUAUUUAGCGUCUCGAAUCUCUCGAGGGGGUCAAUUCGUGAAACCGAGGGAGGAGAACACGGGUAGGAAAACUAGGAGAAAGCGUUCUAUUACAUUUAUGCCAGCCUUUGGAAUCUGCUAAAACGGCAUACUAAAGUUGUCUUAAAAACGUAUUUUUAAUGUCUCAGGCAUUCAAACAUAACAGGCGCAUAAAAUUGACGUCUAUAAAACAUUUAAUUGAAUGAAAAACCUAUAAGAACAUUAUUUAUUUAUCUGUAGCAAAUACAGUCACAAACUUAAUCAUGAAACGUUUCUAUAUUCUGCCGUGCUAAGCUCAGAAGGGGUAUCUGCAACUUUCGGGCAUAGUUGGUUAUUGGUACCUGAUAAAUCAUUGUCAUUUUUUCUACUUAUUCGUAAAGUGAUUAGGAGAUAUCAUGCAAUAGUUUUCUUAGGGCUGUACCGUUAGUCGUUCCUACAAUUGUAGGACGCCUUUAUGGCCUCAUUGGUUUUCAUAGUUUUCUACUCUUCCGUGUCAGUGCUCUAUUUUGAGAUAUUAUGUUACAAAUAUCUAUUUGCAUCAACUUGUUCAUGCUUUUGAUUUAUAUCCACCUGACAUUUCCUACAAUUCAAGAAGAAAACAUAGCCUGACAAUAGGAGAGUGCUAACGCUGACACGGAACCGUAGGAAUCUAGAAAUAUCCCAGCCUUUCUGAAGCAGAGGAAAGAGUAUGAAAAUGAAGUGGGCCAUAAAGGCGUCCUACAAUUGGACGGCUUUUUGUAGAAAGGAACCCACCCAGAAAAACGAUUAUUAUUAUUAAGGUUUUGAAAAUGAUAAAAAAUUUAUUUUAGACCAAAAAUGAUUUUAAUUAAUGGCAUACUGAGGGCUUCAAAUAUGUGUAUAUGUUAUAACACUAAACAAUUUAUAUUUAUAUGCUCGUAAUAGACUAUUUUCCUAAAAUAUAGAUUUUUUAUAUUUAGUGGGUUGGUUCCUUUCUGCAAGAAGCCGUCCAAUUGUAGGAAUGACUGACGAUACGGCCUUUAGACUCCUCAUUUUUUGUUAGCGUUAUCUGUACAAAUGAAUCAGAGGUUCAAACUUUGGACGCCUCUUUCUCGAUUUCAUGAAUGGUGCCGAUACCCCCCUCUGUGCUUAGCACUGCAGUAUUCUGCUUCCUCAUUUUCACGAAUCUAUCUUUCUUACUUCUAUUUGUUAUUUUGUUAGCCUUUUUCAUAUGGAUUAUGUGAUGGAUGAAUAAGAUCAAAGCCAUAUGGCUCAAACAGGGUCACUAAAUCAAGGGAGUGUAAUAAAAUUCAAAGCGAUUGUUCUCAUAUGUGUUUAUCAAGCAUCAUUCCCAAAUUUAUAGUUUUUACGUACCUUAUUAUAUCCUUACUAUAUCUUCACCAACAGUAGAAAAUGCGUCUUAGUAAGUUGCCUACAUCUGUCGCUAUGAUCUCAGUUUUAUGUAUAUGUCUGAAACAAUAAUUAUAAAAAUAUAUGCCAAUUAAAGUUACAGUCAUCACAUUAUAUUUGAGAUUAUUUUUUAUGUUGGACAAAUCAAUAAACACAUUGGACUGACAAAGUUUUUUGUAUGAAUAAUAAAUCUAGGUUUAACUAGUUCUAGAUUAUGUAUUUUAUACAUACGCUGUACAUUGUUUACAAUAAAAUGUCAAGAACUGAUAUAUUUUUACUUAUACACCAUACAAUUCUAUACAAAGUCCAUAUGAUAAAGUAAAGCUCUUGUAUCUAGCGAAUAGUCGGUUAUCAUAUACUAUCCAUAUGUUGAUGUGGCUCAGUGAAAAGAACAUCUCUUCCCUAACAAACAGAGCCAUGGUGCC